UGGCCCAGAUGUUGAAAGGAGGCGUCAUUAUGGACGUCGUCAAUGCCGAACAGGCCAAAAUCGCCGAGAGAGCCGGGGCCUGUGCCGUCAUGGCGUUGGAAAGAAUCCCAGCGGAUAUGCGUGCUAGUGGUCAGGUAUGUAGAAUGUCUGACCCCAAGAUGAUUCAAGAAAUCAUGGCAGAGGUAUCGAUUCCAGUGAUGGCCAAGUGUAGAAUCGGACACUUGGUCGAAGCCCAGGUUUUGGAGGCAUUAGAAGUUGACUAUAUCGAUGAAUCUGAGGUUUUGACGCCUGCUGACACCAAAAACCAUAUUCCCAAGUCUAAGUACAAGGUUCCAUUUGUGUGCGGGGCCAAGAACUUGGGAGAGGCUUUGAGAAGAGUCAGUGAAGGAGCAGCCAUGUUGAGAACCAAGGGAGAGGCUGGUACCGGGGAUAUUUCAGAGGCUGUCAAGCACAUCACUCAGAUCAAAGAAGAAAUUGAGUAUGUGAUGUCUUUGAAGACGGAUGGUGAACUCGAACAGUUUGCCAAAGAGAACAGAAUUCCUUUAGAUGCUUUGAAGCAGUUGAUUGCUAAUGGUGGUAAAUUCCCUGUUGUCAACUUUGCAGCCGGUGGAGUUGCAACUCCCUCUGACGCGGCCUUGUGUAUGCAAUUGGGCUGUGACGGGGUUUUUGUGGGAUCGGGGAUUUUCAAAUCCAAGAACCCAGAAAAGUUGGCCAAGGCCAUUGUGAAUGCGGUGACUCACUAUAAUGAUCCAGCGAAGGUGUUGGAGUACUCGACGGACUUGGGAGAGUUGAUGUUCGGAGUGAGUAUCUCGUCGUUGAGAGACAACGAGAAGUUGUCGUCGCGCGGGUGGUAGGUGUCGGUGGUAAAUACCUUUGAGGAUUUUGUGCCAGUUAAAUACCUUCGAGGAUUUUGUGCCAGUUAAAUACCUUCCAGAAUAUUGUGGCUAAUAAAUACCUACCAGGUUCCUGUGGCUGAUAAAUACCAACCAGAACCUUGUGGCUGAUAAAUACCAACCAGAACCUUGUGGCUGAUAAAUACCAACCAAAAUACCUACCUGGAUCUUGUCUGGUGCACUGCGCUUAUUCUACUGUUGGAGUACUCACUUGUCAAUAUAUAUCUAAUCGUAUUUA